AAGGCAGCACCUCAGCUCCCGCAUUUAGCCUCAGACCUUCUGUCUGUGCGCUGAGAAGGACGACGGCCGGCAGCGCCAGGGCAGCUCCGAGGCCUCCCACAUGGUCAAGGCAGCUUUGUGGGGGAGCCAGCCCUCCUGGAUCCCCAUGACCAGAGUGUGGGCCCUGCUGUUGUCCACGCUGCUCAGUGGCCUGGCUGGCCCCACACAGCUCUUCCAGCCGAGCCUGGUGCUGGACAUGGCCCAGGUCCUCCUGGACAACUACUGCUUCCCAGAGAACCUGCUGGGAAUGCAGGCAGCCAUCGAGCGGGUCAUCAGGAGCUGGGAGAUCCUGGACAUCGCAGACCCUCACACCCUGGCCCAGGUACUGACGGCUGGGGUGCAGAGCUCUCUGAACGACCGGAGCCUGGUCAUCUCCUACGAGCCCGGUGCCCUCGUGGCUGUCCGGCAAGUCCCAGCACUCACCAACCUCACACAGGAGGAACUAUUUGCCCGACUGCAAAAGGGCGUCCGCCACGAGGUUUUGGAGGACAACGUGGGCUACCUGCGGGUGGACACCAUCCCGAGCCAGGAGGUGAUGAGCAGGCUAGGGGAUUUCCUGGUGUCCACUGUCUGGAGGGAGCUCAGGGGCACAUCCGCCUUGGUGCUGGACCUCCGUCACUGCGCGGGGGGCCAUGUUUCCGGCAUCCCUUACAUCAUCUCCUACCUGCACCCCGAAAACACAAUCCUGCACGUGGACACCAUCUACAACCGCCCCUCCAACACCACCACUGAGAUCUGGACGCUGCCGCGGGUCCCGGGAGAGCGGUACGGUGUAGACAAGGAUGUCGUGGUCCUCACCAGUGCCCACACGGGGGGUGUCGCCGAGGACAUCGCCCACAUCCUCAAACAGAUGCGCAGGGCCAUCGUGGUGGGUGAGCGGACUGUGGGGGGCGCCCUAGAGCUCCAGAAGCUGAGGAUAGGCCAGUCCGAUUUCUUCCUCACAGUGCCCGUGUCCAGGUCCCUGGGGCCGCUGGGCAGAGGCAGCCAGGUGUGGGAAGGUAACGGGGUGCCACCCUGUGUGGGGACACCCGCCGAGCAGGCCCUGGAGAAGGCCCUGGCCAUUCUGACACUGCGCCGGGCCCUGCCGGGAGUCGUGCGGCGCCUGCGGGAGGCCCUCCAGGACCACUACACGCGGGUGGACCGCGUGCCCGCCCUGCUGCACCAGCUGGCCAGCACGGACUUGGCCAGCGUGGUCUCCGAGGACGACCUGCUUACUAGGCUCAACGCCGGUCUGCAGGCUGCGUCCGAGGACCCCAGGCUCCUGGUGCGGGUUAUCAGGCCAGAAGAAGCCUCUCCUGGGCCUGCGGCGGGAGCCGAUGGCCCCCCGGAGGUGACCCCAGCAGUGCCAGAGGAUGAGGCUGCCCGGCAGGCCCUGGUGGACUCCGUGUUCCAGGUGUCGGUGCUGCCGGGCAACGUGGGCUACCUGCGCUUUGACAGCUUCGCGGAUGUGUCGGUGCUGGGCGCGCUGGGCGCGCACCUCCUGCGCCGGGUGUGGGAGCCGCUGCAGGGCACGGGGCACCUCAUCCUGGACCUGCGCCAGAACCCGGGGGGGCCGUCGUCCGCCGUGCCGCUGCUGCUGUCCUACUUCCAGAGCCCCGGCUCCGGCCCCGUGCGCCUGUUCACCACCUACGACCGCCGCACCAACGUCACCCGGGAGCACUUCAGCCGCGCCGAGCUGCCGGGGCCGCGCUACGGCUCCGCGCGCGGGGUCUACCUGCUCACCAGCCACCGCACCGCCACCGCCGCCGAGGAGCUGGCCUUCCUCAUGCAGUCGCUGGGCUGGGCCACGCUGGUGGGAGAGAUCACAGCCGGCAGCCUGCUCCACUCCCACACCGUACCCCUGCUGCAGACCCCAGAGGGCGGCCUGGCGCUCACCGUGCCCGUGCUCACCUUCAUCGACAACCACGGAGAGUGCUGGCUGGGGGGCGGGGUGGUGCCCGACGCCAUCGUGCUGGCCGAGGAGGCCCUGGACCGAGCCCGGGAGGUGCUGGAGUUCCACCGCAGCCUGGGGGCACUGGUGGAGGGCACGGGCCACCUGCUGGAGGCCCACUAUGCACGGCCAGAGGUCGUGGGGCAGAUAGGAGACCUACUACAAGCCAAGCUGGCCCAGGGGGCCUACCGCACGGCCGUGGACUUGGAGUCCCUGGCCUCCCAGCUCACGGCUGACCUGCAGGAGAUGUCUGGGGACCACCGGCUGCUGGUGUUCCACAGCCCAGGUGAGCUGACCGCAGAGGAGGUGCCCGCGCCACCCCCUGCCGUUUUCUCCCCGGAGGAGCUCUCCUACCUCAUCGAGGCCCUCUUCAAGACCGAGGUGCUGCCUGGCCGGGUGGGCUACCUGCGAUUUGAUGCCAUGGCCGAGCUGGAGACGGUGAAGGCCAUCGGGCCGCAGCUGGUGCGGCUGGUGUGGCAGAGGCUGGUGGACACGGCCGCGCUGGUUGUCGAUCUGCGCUACAACCCUGGCAGCUACUCCACGGCCGUGCCCCUGCUCUGCUCCUACUUUUUUGAGGUGGAGCCCCGCCAGCACCUCUACUCUGUCUUUGACAGAGCCACCUCGAGAGUCACAGAGGUGUGGACCCUGCCCCAGGUGGCUGGUCAGCGCUACGGCCCCCACAAAGACCUCUACGUCCUGACGAGCCACACCAGUGGGUCAGCAGCCGAGGCGUUUGCUCACACCAUGCAGGACCUGCAGCGGGCCACGGUCAUUGGGGAGCCCACAGCUGGAGGGGCGCUCUCUGUGGGCAUCUACCAGGUGGGCAGCAGUCCCUUAUAUGCCUCCAUGCCCACGCAGAUGGCCCUGAGCGCCAGCACAGGUGAGGCCUGGGACCUGGCUGGGGUGGAGCCCAACAUCACUGUGCCCAUGAGCGAGGCCCUCUCCACAGCCCAGGACAUAGUGGCCCUGCGUGCCAAGGUGCCCACUGUGCUGCAGACAACCGGGAAGCUGGUCGCCGAUAACUAUGCCUUCCCUGAUCUGGGGGCCAAGGUAGCUGCCAAACUGAGCCACCUGCAGAGCCGCUAUUCGAGGGUGACCUCUGAAGGGGCCCUGGCGGAGAUGCUGGCUGCUGACCUGCAGAUGUUGUCUGGGGACCCACACCUGAAGACAGCCCAUAUCCCUGAGGAUGCCAAGGACCGCAUUCCUGGGAUUGUGCCCAUGCAGAUCCCUUCCCCUGAGGUCUUUGAAGACCGGAUCAGAUUUUCCUUCCACACUAACGUGCUCGAGGACAACAUCGGCUACCUGAGGUUCGACAUGUUUGGAGACGGCGAGCUGCUCACGCAGGUCUCCGAGCUGCUGGUGAAACACGUGUGGGAGAAGAUUGUGCACACGGACGCCAUGAUCAUCGACAUGAGGUUCAACAUCGGCGGCCCCACCUCGUCCAUCUCGGCCCUGUGCUCCUACUUCUUCGACGAAGACCCUCCCAUUCUGCUGGACAAAAUCUACAGCCGGCCCAGUGACUCUGUCAGUGAGCUGUGGACCCACAGCCAGCUCGCAGGCCAGCGCUACAGCCCCGCGAAGAGCGUGGUCAUCCUGACCAGCGGCGUGACGGCGGGCGCGGCCGAGGAGUUCACCUACAUCCUGAAGAGGCUGGGCCGCGCGCUCGUCGUCGGGGAGGUGACCAGCGGCGGCUGCCAGCCCCCGCAAACCUACCACGUGGACGACACGCACCUCUACAUCACCAUCCCCACGGCCCGCUCCGUGGGGGCUGCGGACGGCCGCUCCUGGGAAGGGGUGGGCGUGGCGCCCCACGUGGCUGUCCCCGCAGAAGCAGCCCUGGCCCGGGCCAAGGAGAUGCUCCAGGGCACUCUGAUGAGGGCGAGGCGGGGCUCGGGCGGCGGGGCCACCUGGAGGGCCUCCGUGGGCAGAGCCCUGGCCCUGGCAACACCUCUGGGCCACACACCAGGGGAGCUCGGGUCCUAGGUCCUGCCUGAGGGCCCCGAGGGGCAGGAAAGGGGCCUGCUGAGCCCCGGUUAGGCUUAGAGAUGGAAGGGCCCCCGGACUCACCCAUCCGGUCUCCUCACCACCAUCCUGUUUGGACACCCAGGGAGCUGGCCUUCUCCCUAAUAGUUGUUCUGGGGAGGUGAAGUCCAGACCUACCCACCCGUGCUCCUUGAUGGCCAGCCCGGGGUCCCCAUGCGGUCAGCGAGAGCAGCCCUGUCGAGUUGCCUUGCAAGGUGACCGCAGGCUCCAGGUGCGGAUCAACGUCCAUUUUUUUUGUAGCCACAUUUAGAAAAGUAAAAAGAAGCAGGUGAAAUUAAUUUCAAUAAUAUAUAUUAUUUAACCCAUAUUUCAUAGUUGUAUCAUUUCAACACCUACUCAGUGUAAAAGUUACUCUGAAUGAGAUGUUUGUACAAAGUCUUUAAAACCUUACCCUCUCACCGGCCGCCUGUCCAGUGCUAAAUGGCCAGCAGGGGCUGUCGCUGGUGGCUCCCACGUGGGUCAGUGUCCCCACUCUGCCCUCCCUGCACCUGCAUGUCCCCGUUGGAGCACCUCUCCCAUGUCCCCACCUGCUGUGUAGCCCUCAGGGCCAGCGUUGUCCUACUCAGCUUGGUCCCCUACUGCCCGUCUCCUGUGCUGGUGCCUGGUACAGGUGGAGGAUGCCUGUGGACACCAGUGAAUAUUGGCCGCAAGUCUUUUUCCCUCAGGUGUCAGCACUCAGACACUUGAAGAGAAGUCCGGGUUCACUGAGAAUCCUCCCCUCCCCGCCCCAGCCUCUCCCAGUCCAAUUCUACGCACCAAGUCUGUUCCCUUCACACGUCCCGCCCGCGCCCUUGUCCUCCAGCUUCUGCCAAGGCUCGAAGCUCAGGUGCCGAGCAGCACCCUGGCACGCCAGGGCAGCCCGUUCCUGCCUGGCUCCGUGACCUAGCCCGCUCCUGACCGGUGGGAAGCUUGUAGCACACGGAUCCCAGGGCCACCUCCACAGAUGAACAAGCCCAGAAGGAGAUGAGGAGCUCAGGGGUGACCUGGAGAAAUGAGGACCCUGGCUGGUGCUCUGGGAGCCGUGCAGCCCUACUCUGCUGAGUCACCGGGGACCCCAAACUGAGAGACCUUUAGUGCCCUGCUCAGAGCCGUGGUGGGCGGGGCCAGAGGAGCAGGGGACACUCCAGCCUCCAAGACGCCUCAGUGAGAUGAGUACCCAUGACUUCCGGCCUUGGUGCCUGUUGAGUCCAAGCUGCAGAUGCCACGGGUCACUUCCCCAGGGCACUGGGCUGACUUUACCACACAACCCCGAUGUCAUCAAGCUCCUCCCGGGCCCCAGAGCUUUGGAAUCUGGGCACACUGCCAGGCUGCCACCAAUACUGAGGAGUUUGUCACUGAAAAACUUUGAACCAUACCUGUCUGAACAGGAGAGUCUGAAUGGAAGGCAAGAUUUUACUCCAGUUCCUUUUCCUUCUGCUAAAUUCAAAUAAGAUUGUGCGUGUGAUUGAAUUUUAGUGGUAUUGUAUGCUAUGCUCUCACCCUUCCGUCAUUGGGUCUAUUCAUGUCCAGGCCAGUAUGCGGCCCCUGAUAUGGUUACAUUCUAGGUUUUCCCUCUCUGUCUCUGUCUCUGUCUCUCUGUCUGUCUGUCUGUCUCUCUCACACACACACGUAUAUAUGGCUAUCUGAUGAUCACCUACAUCAAACCUACACGAUUCCUUCUAAGUGGUUGAAUCAGGGGUGAUAUUUUAACU